AUGGUCAAGACAUUAUUCCCUAUGCUGAAGGCUGCUGUGAAGAAAGAUAAUCCAGUAGUUGCCGUCAAAUUCCUGGCAAAAGCCAAUCAGUGGAUCUAUGAUAUCAUCAAAGAAGUUGAAAAAAUAGUAGAAGACUACAAAAAACUCAACAUUGGGGUGGCGACUGUCACCAGCGAUGUUAUUUCCACCAAAGUAGAAACAGAGGACAAGAAGAAACAGCUGACCAAUGAAGAGAAGAUCCUGCAGAAUGCUGUUGACGACUACAAUAGGAAGCUAAGUGUCAUCCAGUCAGAUCUGAAAAGGGUCAAUAUAAAAAUCAACGAUGCUGAUAGUGAGCUUCGUGAGUUGGUUAACGGCAUUGCCAGCAGAAACAAGAAGUUUGGCAUAGUGGCUGCCGUCGUUCCCUUCCUAGGAUUAAUCAUAAAUGCUAUCCAGAAGGGGGUCAAUACCCCUAAUGAUAGUGCAGCCAUUGAGUUGGCCAAGAACAAGAUGAAUCAGCUUCAGAAUGACAAGACCCUUUUGACUAAGAACGAGUGGGAGGCCCAAACGGAGGUGAUGAAAUACCAGAUGCAGCUGACCAGAGCCAAAUUUGACCUGGGUUCUGUUCCUGAUCCUGUCCAUCUGGCUGAGGUUCAGUCCUGCCUGACCCGGAUCCAGAAAAUUCUGCUGCAACUCAAAAGCUUCUGGGAGAAGAUCGGAGUGAUGGUGACCAACCUGCAGCAGAAGACCUUUGCUGGGGAAGACCUGAUUGAUGUUCUCUCAGAAUUUAAGGAGGAGUUCUUGGAUUCCUUGCAAGUAGCUGAAGAGGCUUGGAAGACGUUUAGUGGGAGAUGCCAGAACGUCAUGGGCAUGUUUAGUGUCCAGUCGAAGGAUGCCUACAAGUUCCUGGAGACCAGCCCAUCAUCUCUCACCCAGGAAGAGUGGAAGGAAAUGUAUGAUGCUGUGGCAGCCAAACUGGAUUCCUUCUACCCUGCCCUCGAGGCCAAGCAGGCCUUUGAGGAUCAGCAGGCCAUUGAGGACCAGCAGGCUGCAGAAAGUAACUAAUGUUUGCAUCCACUGUCACCAGGUUAAAAUUAAAGGAGUUUUUUUUUUGGUCUUAUAUUGACAUUGGUGACAAGCAGGAUUUGUGGGCAUAAUUAGUAGUUCACAUGCUGUUAUGAGUAACUUUCCAUUAUUUGUUGAUCAUUGUUGAUUAUUGUGUUGUGCUUUUAUUAGAGCUCAUCAUCUACUAUGCUAACAGUAUAAUACCAAACUGGCUAUUGUUCACCUUUCUUCUUGGAGUAUACUAAUGUUGUGGGUAGCAGGCAGGUUUUAAGGCUUCUGGUCUGUUCAAAGACUUCAAUAGUUUAACUUUGUGCAGAGCUUUCGGGAAUAUGAACUGAUCUAUAUACAUAUGUAUACACUACAGUAUUCAUAAGUAAUCAUGUAUAAUCCCAAUGUGUGUUUUUGGUAUAUCAGUAUGUCCGUUUCAGUAUACUAUCAUGUAUAAUUAGUUUAGAGCCAUAGAGGAGGAGUUUAGAGCCAUAGAGGAGGAGUUUAGAGCCAUAGAGGAGGAGUUUAGAGCCAUAGAGGAGGAGAUUAGAGCCAUAGAGGAGGGUCUUAAUGGCUAUAUGUACUUGUAUUUUCUUCUGUUCUCUGCUGCUUAUCUCCUGAAAUCUCUUGUGAAAACUAAACUAAAUAUAAUCAAAAUCAAAUUAGACUACAAUGUUCUUUAAUGCAUGUUUAUUAUUAAAUAAAUCUGAG